GACGGAGGCUUCUUGAAGUGCCCCCACGUACGCACUCGAUCGACUAGCUUACCUCCCCCAUCCAUCCAUCAUCAUCAUCAGUCGAGUGAUGGAGUGAGUCCCAUCCUUAUCGCCUCUCUGGCUGCUCUGCGCGACGUCAACCUCCUUCUCCGUCCUUGGACGCUAAGCUAAAGAGAGUUUCUAGCCCCCCAACCCCACCGCGCGCGCGCGACUAACAGCCGGACACGUACGUGAAAAACCAACGUACGAUCGAGGAGUACUCCUAUGGGCGUUGCCUCGCGCGCGCCGCCGCCGCACACGCAAGCGUGGAUCGACCCAGAGAGAUCAGCGCCGCCGCCGCCGCCGCUCACCAGCAGGGCGCCCGCCGCGACGAGGCACAGGCGGCGGCGGGAGGCAGCGGUGGUGUGUGGUGGCGGCCCCCGUUGCGCGCCGAGGACGAGCACGCCGUCAUCGUCGCGGCGCUCGCGCACGUCGUCGGCGAAGGGAGGCAGGCGCAGCAGCAGCAGCCGCCGCCCGUGCUCGGCCACGGCCAGCAAGUGAUGCACCGGACUGCGCCGGCGGUGGAGCCGCCGCAGCAGCAGCGCCUGCGGUACCGCGGCGUGCGGCAGCGGCCGUGGGGCAAGUGGGCGGCGGAGAUCCGGGACCCGGUGAAGGCGGCGCGCGUGUGGCUCGGCACCUUCGACACCGCCGAGGACGCCGCGCGCGCCUACGACGCCGCCGCGCUCCGCUUCAAGGGCGCCAAGGCCAAGCUCAACUUCCCCUUCCAGCAGCCGGCCACCACGGCCACGGCUUCGACGUCGGCGACGCUGGCACCGACUCCGCGGCAGGGGACGCGCCACGCCGCAGCUGCGCCUGCUGGUGCCCAUCAGCAGGAGUUCCCGGACCUCAGCCGGUACGCGCACAUCCUCCAGAGCGGCGGCGACCUCGACCUGCAGGCCUUCUCCGGCGCUGGCGGGCUGACGCCAGGGCGGUCCUCGACUACCACGGCAUCGGCGUCGUCAUCGUCGCCGCCGGCGCCGUCGGUGGAUUGGUUUCCAUGGCGAGGUCCUGCCUAACUAGAUGCAUACAGCAGUACUGAUGAACUGAUGAUCAGCAGCAAACAUGAGACAUGUAGUUAAGUUAGCGUCUCUUUAGUCCUUCAAUUCGAAUCCAUGAAAUCCUGUAGCUAUAACAAUUAGUUAUUACUCCCCUCCAUUCUAAAUUAUAGAUGUUUGGUUUUUUUUCUAAAAAGGUGAAAAUGUUUUUAUAAUUUGAAAUAGAGAGAGUAUGUUCAAAGGUUGACAGAUUUAGGGGUCUAAAAUAUUAGGUGAUGUACAUUCCAUCCGAAAAAAUACUUCUUCCAUUUAAAUUCGUAAUUCAUUCUA